UUGCAGGUUGUAAAAGUUCGGCCAUCAGACCCCGAUGCGAAGCGCAGGUAUAAUGAAUGCAGAAAGAUUGUCAAGCGACUGGCAUUCGAGAAGGCGAUUCGAGUGGAGCGAACAGAGAAGACAGCGUCCACGUUGAUCGACUUGGACUCAAUGGUUAUUGAAGACGAUUAUCACGGGCCGGCGUUGAAGGAUGAUAAAGUGACUAAAGAAUUCAUGGACAGGCUGGUUGAGACCUUCAGGGAUCAAAAAAAGUUGCAUCGCAAGUUUGCGUAUUCGAUACUGCUUCAAGCUCUGAAGUAUUUCAAGACUGUACCUAGUCUGGUAGAAAUCGAUUUACCGAAAGGCAGUCGACUGACCGUGUGCGGUGAUGUUCACGGUCAGUAUUAUGACCUGCUGAAUAUUUUUCAUCUGAACGGUUAUCCUUCUGAAAACAAUCCUUACUUAUUCAACGGCGACUUUGUCGAUCGUGGUUCAUUUUCCGUCGAGACUAUUUUCACGUUGCUAGGGUAUAAGUUAUUGUAUCCAAAUCACUUUUUCAUGACCAGAGGUGAUGAAUCAAAUGUAUGGUUUCGAGGGAGAGGUCCUGUUCAACUGGUUGCCGCUGGCUUACUUGGUCAACAAAAGUGUUUUGGUAGGCAGAUUUCGAUUUUCAUUAUGCACGGUGGGCUUUUCGCACAUGACGGCGUGACUCUGGACGACAUUCGCAAAGUGGAUCGAAACAGACAGCCGCCGGAGGAAGGAGUGAUGUGUGAUCUGCUCUGGUCUGAUCCGCAGGUACUUCCUGGUCGUAGUCCGUCGAAGCGUGGCGUAGGCAUUCAGUUUGGACCAGACGUGACAAAGCGGUUCUGCCGCGAAAACGGUUUACAGUACAUAGUCAGGAGCCAUGAAGUGAAACAAGAAGGUUAUGAAGUUGCUCACAACGGCCAGUGUAUCACGGUGUUUUCUGCACCAAAUUACUGUGACACGAUGGAUAACAAAGGAGCGUUCAUGACCAUUACCGGAAACAACCUAGCGCCCAAGUUCACGACCUUCGAUGCGGUAGAACACCCAAAAGUGCGGCCGAUGGCAUAUGCCAAUAAUUUCUUCGCUUGUUUGUAA